CAUUGUAUCGGUGGGAAGAGAGAAGAAGAAGAUGAUCAUGGAAGGAAAUUGCAGGAAUUGCAUGAGACGGGAAGAAGAAAUUUACUGGAAUCAAUUCCAAACCCACCAUUUUUCUCACCUCCUCCUUCCUGAUUUCCAUAGUCGUCUUGCCAUUCCUCAAAACUUUCCCACGAUUCCACACGAAGAGAAUACCAAAGGCACUGCGACCACUUCAACAUCUCCUAAGCGAGACAUUAACAACCCUGAUGAUGUUGAAACGACACUGAACCAGCAACUUGUAAUAUUUCCAGUUGGUGAUUAUGAGCUUGAUGCUACUCUGAACCAGCCACCUGUAAUAUCUCCAGUGUGUAAUGAGCUUGAUGCUACGGUACUGAACCAGCCACACGUAAUGCCUCCAUUUGGUAAUGAGCUAGAAGACCUCAUUGACAUUGAUAUCGAUUUCGAUAUUGAUACAAUGCUAGCUCCGAGUCUUCUAGUAUCUCAGGCUGGUUUUGAGCAAGACGAACGUAUUAACUCUGACAUAAUAACAGAAGCUGGCCAGCUUCCUGUAACAUCUCCAACUAGUGGAGGGAAGUAUCCCCUUAGCGUUUCUAAGAAGAAGCGAGGAGAAAUAAGUAACAACAAUCUUGAUCCUAAAGCUGCUAGUAGCAGAACGAGUGUAAGUGAGACUUGCAAAAGGAAAGCCUUAUCUCUGGCUAAAAGCGCCGUUUCGGCGAAUGGUUUCUUGGUGGCCAUGAAACGGUCUCAUGUGCUAACAAAGUGUUUCCUGACAAUCCCAAUUAAAUGGAGUGCCAAGAACAUGUCUCAUGAACCUCAGGAAGUAGUGAUGCAGAUGAAUCAAAGAAAAUGGCACAUGAAGUUUAGUUCUUACAGAUCUCCUGAUCGUGGAGGGAUUACCACAGGGUGGAAGAAGUUUGUAAGAGACAACCACUUGUGCUUGGGUGAUGUCUGUGUGUUUGAGCCAGCCAAGCCCGAGACCAAACCGCUUCAUAUUUAUGUCUAUAUUUUUCGUGCUGCAGAAACCGAAAGUAGCAGCAACAAUGGAUGUUGCUCGUGCUGCAGAAACCGAAAGUAGCAGCAACAAUGGAUGUUGCUUGAUUCGGUUGUAAGAUUAGUAUGCCUAUUAGAUGAAAAGUUGUAUAUGGU